CAUCCGAUCGCUGUCGCUUGAUGCCGCGUUCAACGAGCACCACAUUCCUUCCGUCGCAGCAGUCAAGCGCUCUGUCCCGAUUCUGCAAGCUCUGAAAGCCCUCAAACCCUAGAGCAAGGAAAACCCUCUAAUCCCGACAAAAAGGCAAAGCACUCCAAGGUAAAGACGCAGUCAGGGAUGGCAGACCAAAAGAAUAAGAGCUCCAAACGGACGACACAGGACGGAGGGCCCGAGCCCGGGGUUCCAGCACCACAAGGAAACAAGGCUGUGCCACCAGAGGCCACAGGAGCAUCGACGAUAAUGUACGUUCUGGCGGGAGCAGCCCUGGUCAUUGUUGGACUGGGAUUACUGGGAUUGUAUUGGACUCUGAAGAGCGGCUUCCAAAGUGCAGGUACUAGUUCAAGCCCCCCACCUCAAGCAUCCACCAGCAGUGAAGUCACGAAGUCGUCCCUAGCACCUUGGGCCAAAUCCACCGAAGCCACUGGGUCAACCAGCUCACAUGGUCCGGGCCCAUCCACUCAAAGCUCAUCGAGCUCCACCAUAAGGCACAACGAAGGCAUAGCCGGCUGUACCACGGAUGACUGCCAGUACAUAAAAAAUCUCAUUGACACGUCUGUGGACAGAAGUAAGGACCCCUGCAACAAUUUUUACGAGUAUGCGUGUGGUGCAGCCAAGAUAAAUUACGCUGCUGAAUACGACCUCGCCCAAGGGGGAACUCUCGACGUACUGUCACGCAGUAUCUCCGAGUCAAUCAACAGAAGCAUGGACGGAUCGAGCAUACCAACUAGAAACCAAAAAGUAAUCGAAAAAUGCGCCUCAUUCUUUCGCAGCUGCCUGAACGCGCCAGCAAACAGAAGAACCAACUUGGAUGCCAUAAAGGGAUAUUUAGAAAGUGAACGCAUGGACCUGGCCAACAGUAACCUCCAGUUCGACUCAUUAGAGAUCCUCGCUAAAUUUAAUUUCGAGUUGGAGAUACCCUUAAUACUGGAAUUCGCAUUACCUAGAGAGACACCCCGUCUUAUUAUACGCAUAGAUGAGCAUCACACGACGAGAUUGUACAUGACCACUUGGUCCAGCAGAGGAAGAGACCAAGGGAAAUAUGUCGAUACCGUACUCUCAAAUAUCUACCACAAGGCAUUCGCCGAAAGUUUUUUGAACGGGAUAGUGAGCAAUGUGACAGACGUUAUACGCUUACUCAAGCAUAGUAAUCGUAGACAUCCCAUUACUGGAAUUCCCAUCUCGAAAGCGAUCCAGGCAGCUCCCGGCUCUCUAGUCUCCCGCCGGUGGAACGCAGUGCUGGGCCGCUACGUUAAAAGUGAGACGCCCUGCCAAGUCUACGCCGACCACUCGAACAUACUGCGCGACUGGAUUGUCACAGAAAACGCCACAAUGAAGUGGUUCAUGGCGUGGAGAACGGCGGAAUUUCUUCACUCGACGCUCGGAGCUCAAGACGGAAAGGGCGACGCUCGGGUUACGAGGGAGAAGUGCUACGGGCUAGCGAACUCGAUGUUUCCGUUUGUCAUGAGCGCCCAGGUGCUGUUCGCAUCCGUCGGCGAGAAAAGGGUGAACCACGUGAAGGCCAUGUUCGGCAAGAUAAUCGACGUUGUGGUUGAGUAUUUCCCACAUAGCACCUUGUUAGCAAACAAUAACCGAAAGGAUGCCCAGUCGAAGCUGCAGAGUUUGCAUAAGAGGGCGGAAAUCGGUUACGCGUCUUACCGAGUGAGCACAGAAGGAAACCUCACGGACUUCUACCGGUCCGUCCCGGACUUGAACGGUCCAUUCAUCAUGGACUUCAUAAGUGCGAGUGAAAAGACUAAAAUGUACUGGUCCAUAGUCUUUGCGGGAGAUCUGGAGUUCGCAGCCAAGUGGAAAGGCGAACUGCCGGUGUUCGACGCUAGCAUGCGUUACGACGCGCGCCAUAACAAGCUUACGAUUCCGCCUGCUAUGAUGAUGAAGCCUGUCUACGCACUGGAAGCCCCUCCCGAAAUUAACUACGGCACUCUGGGACGGCUCGUGGUGAGUGCUGUUAUGCUUGCAUUCGAUGACGACGGACAGUUUUACAAAGAUGCGGGUCAACACGAAUAUUGGUUCAAUGCUCAGAGCAACGAGAACUUUGGUGAAAAGGUACGGUGCUUAACUUCGAUGGUAAAUGCUCGUCUGCCCAAUGCACUGCAAGUGUUCCGCGUUCCGUAUGUCUACAUGGCGGACGUCAUGGGCACUGAGCCUAUCCUCGGGGCAUACCAGAACGAAAUUCUGGGAAGUCACUCUCGCGAUGAGCUUUUCUAUCUAUCGUGGUGCCUGCUGUGGUGCGGCAAGAAGUUCCCAGAGGCCCGGUCGGGGACCUUGGAAAAUAGGUGCAACCUGCCUCUUAUGAAUACGAAUCAUUUCACUACGACAUUCAGCUGCACUGCUAAUGCCUUAAUGAAUCCUCGAGUUAAGUGCACCUUCUGGUAAGACGUACUGGCGAUAUUGCACGUACGUCGUGAUCUGGAUGAUACGAUA